AGACAAUCAUACCACUACUGUAUCUUACAUAUCAAGUCACCCUUUUGAUACAAGUUUUCCGGUUGGACUUCCUGUCCCCCCUGUUGGAGUGGUUUGUUCCAUGGGAUCCAUGCAGAAGGAAUGAGGCCCUGAGCAGCCAGAUGUGACAGCAUCACACUCAGCCAUUGAAACCUUUUACUGUGCAAUAUUCCAGCCCAAGUCUUGCCAGCCGACCGGAGGCAGACCCAGGAUCGCCUCCUGUGCAGCUUCCAUCCUUUCUCUUCCUGAUUUCAGCCGUACUACACACACAGCCACCAUGGUGGAUCUCGAAUACAUUGCCAUGUUCCUGAACACCCUGACGCCCAAGUUCUACGUUGCGCUGACCGGAACCUCCUCCCUCAUCUCAGGACUCAUCCUGAUUUUUGAGUGGUGGUACUUUCGGAAGUAUGGUACUUCCUUCAUCGAGCAGGUGUCACUCAACCAUCUGGGACCGUGGCUAGGUGGGGUGGAGAACAACAACAAUGGAAACAACAACACAAACAACUCACAGAACAACAACCAACAGUCAGUACCAGAGUGUAAAGUAUGGCGGAAUCCACUUAACUUGCUACGAGGAGCGGAGUAUAACCGUUACACAUGGGUGACGGGGAAAGAGCCGCUGACGUACUACGACAUGAACCUCUCGGCACAGGAUCAUCAAACGUUCUUCACAUGUGACACCGAUCACAGUCGGCCCUCCGAUGAGUUGGCCUCUGUUCCCUCAGCGGUCAUGCAGCGGGCCUGGCGGGAGCGUAACCCUCAGGCGCGCAUCAAGGCGGCUCACGAGGCCCUAGAAAAAGACUCAGAAUGUGCAACUGCUUACAUACUACUUGCUGAAGAAGAAGCCACUACCAUUUUAGAGACGGAGCGACUGUUCAAGCAGGCGUUAAAAGUGGGGGAAGCAAACUACAAGAAGAGCCAGUCCACACAGCAUCUAGGUGCACAUUACGAGGCCAUACAUAGACGGGACACGAAUGUGUGCGUUUAUGUACGGCGCAGACUUGCCAUGUGUGCACGCAAGCUGGGGAGGGUGAAGGAAGCUGUCAAGAUGAUGAGAGAUCUAAUGAAGGAGUUCCCCAUGAUGAGUGUGCUGAACAUCCAUGAAAACCUGAUCGAGGCUCUCCUGGAGCUGCAGGCGUAUGCUGAUGUACAGGCCGUACUGGCCAAAUAUGACGACAUCAGCCUACCAAAGUCAGCCACCAUAUGUUAUACAGCAGCACUGCUAAAGGCUCGAGCCGUCGCAGACAAAAGCUUCCCUUUUGCAUCCUGUAGAUUCUCGCCGGAGAUAGCGUCCAAACGGGGGCUGAGUACGGCAGAAAUGAACGCGGUGGAAGCCAUACACAGAGCUGUGGAGUUCAACCCACACGUGCCAAAGUACUUACUAGAGACCAAGUCGUUGAUCCUCCCGCCGGAGCACCUGCUGAAGCGAGGGGACAGCGAGGCCAUCGCAUACGCCUUCUUCCACCUCCCACACUGGAAGAGAGUGGAUGGAGCACUCAACCUGCUGCACUGCACCUGGGAGGGCAGCCCCUAUGGUGAGUCAGCAGUAGGAGAUGCACCAUGCCAUGCAUUCCGGAUGAUCCCUUAUCCUCUGGAGAAGGGUCACCUGUUCUACCCCUACCCCAGCUGCACGGAGUCUGCAGAUCGGGAGCUCCUGCCUGCCUUCCAUGAGGUGUCAGUGUACCCUAAGAAGGAGUUGCCAUUCUUCAUCCUCUUCACAGCCGGCCUGUGCUCCGUCACAGCCCUGCUCGCUCUCCUCACACACCAGUUCCCUGAGCCCAUGGGUCUGGUGGCCAAAACUUUCCUGAACACCAUCACGUCUCCCUUCAACUUCCUGGUGGAGAAGCUGGAGGGAGUGCUGCCCUCCAACCUGUGGCACCAGCUGACUCGGCUGUGAUGCAGACACGCCACCCUCCAGUACUGAAAACACGUCUUCUUCUAUCAGUAGACAAAGUGCCAUGGAUAAAGGAGUUUGAUGCUUAACUUCUUAAGUUCGUACUUAUGAGAGGAGAGGUUUUGGCACAUUCUGGGAUUCCACAACUAGCCAUUACAACAUCAGCAAUUAUCUGCCAUUAAACACCAAAAAUUUGUUCCCUUUAGUCUCUCUACUUCUGAUGCUUGCCAUCUUCAUACAGGUCACAAGUGUACACGUGAUAUUUGUCAGUAGCCUUUUUGAAAAGCCUUCUUCACACAUGCAGAAGCUUGUUGGGUUACUUCAUGACUCUUGUGUUGCUUUGGCACAGUUGCUUCUCAGUCCCCUCACACAUGAAUGACAACUUCGUCAUCACCAGAAAACGGUUAAUUUGCAGUGUGGAGUCCUUGCAUGUGCCUUUGCCUGAUACUCUUGUUACAGAGCAGAGCAUUCUUCUGUUUACAAUAAAUUAUGUUGCAUAGUACAGUGGCCUUCUGUUGGUUAUCUGGAGCAGUAUGGUAUCUUGUAGCUGUGAAUUCUAUAUUGCAACAUUAUAUGAGAACAAUUUUUCUUGCCAAAAUCUUGGGAUGAUUGUGCUCAGUGCUCUUAAGAAAUAAGUUGAUGUUGUGCUUAGUACAAAUAUGUUCUUCUUGUCAUGUGCUGUGCUUUCAACUGUAACUAGUGAUGACGUCUUGUAAAACAGUUGACUUUUAAGAACAUGUAGCUGCACUUUCUGUAGCUUCAUUUGUCACCUUGCUAUGUGGCCUGGCUGCUCAGAGAUUUUGUAAGCCUUAGCCUUCUCCUUAAAGUACUUUUGGAACUGUUCUGACCUUUCUCCAUGCUAUCAGCAGACAUUGGAGACUUUAAGUUAUAUAUUUUGCAUCCUGAGCACACCCAUGUACAACAAGGUAAUACCUCAGUGAGAGUACAACAUCAGACUUAUUGCUCAUAUCAAUGGAAAUGGGCACUACAGCUUCCAUUUUCCUUGUGCUUGUUAAAUCUACAUAUUAGAUGGAAGUGAUGUUUUAGUUCUGUGAUUGGCAGCUGUGAGUUGUAGAAGGAAUCAAUGUUUUCAGACCUGGAUAGUGAUGUGCUCCGACUGGGCUACAGAGGAAGACAUACCAUUACUGUUUCUAGUGUGCCAGUUAUCUAUACCCAGUAUAGAUCAUGUAUGGCAGUUCACAAUAGAAAACAGGGAACUACAAAAAUGUGACUUAUAUAGAAUUAUUGGUUUAUGGAGACUGAUGGAAAGUACCAGUGAGUCUUCAACAGAAAGAACCAACUUUUGUUUUAUUGGUCGAUGGGCCAAGAAAGAAGACAAGUUUCAGUGUUGGUAUCAUAACGUUUGAAUCAAGUGAAAGCGUGCAAGGCACCCCAGAUUUACCAGAGACAAACUUCCAGCUUAUUUGAUAUUAUGAAGAUGUCUUGUUUACUGAUCGUCCCGUGGGUCGUGAUGUGUAGAUUGUCUCUCCCUUCACAUGCUCAUGGUGGAGAAUAAAACUGUUGUGUAGCGAUAUGGGAGAUGUGGAAUAUGGGAUGGAGAUGGAUCACUCAAUAAACAGGUUGUCCAGUGGACAUCCAUGAAUUAUCA